AAAACAAACAAUCCUACUAUAAUGCCCAUUACUACACAGCUGUAACUGUAAGCACUCUUCAUAACCAAACUCGUUAGAAAGCCGACAUUUCCAAGCAACCCAUCUACUUACCUCAGAAAUUCCAGCUCAAAAUUUUCUGGGAAUUUCUUCUGCAUCAUGUGGGAAUCAGAGACUGAGUCAGUUGGAGGCAGAGAUUAUGGCAAUGGAGAUUUUAGUUUAACCAAGCAGAGUGUUAAGAAUGAUGGGUUUGAACUAAAAGGCAAUUCAUGGUAUGUUGCAACUGAUAUCCCAAGUGACCUGUUGGUUCAAGUUGGAGAAGUCAAUUUUCACUUGCAUAAGUAUCCCUUGCUGUCAAGGAGUGGAAAGAUGAACAGAAUCAUGUAUGAAUUACGAGACCCGGACUUAAGUAAGAUGGUUUUGGAUGACCUUCGGGGACCUGAGGCCUUUGAGCUAGCUGCAAAGUUCUGCUAUGGCAUUUCCGUGGAUCUGACAGCAGCCAACAUUUCAGGCCUUAGAUGUGCUGCAGAGUUCCUUGAAAUGACAGAGGACUUGGAAGAAGGCAAUCUUAUUUUCAAAACCGAAGCAUUUCUCAGCUAUGUGGUUUUGUCCUCAUGGAGAGACUCCAUAUUAGUGUUGAAAAGUUGCGAGAAGCUCUCACCGUGGGCUGAAAACCUUCAAAUUGUUCGGAGAUGCAGCGAGUCUAUUGCUUGGAAAGCUUGUGCCAAUCCAAAAGGGAUAAGAUGGCCAUAUACUGGUAGUAAGCUAGCUCCAAAAGUUUCAAGCCCAAAUUGGAGUGACGUGAAGGACUCAAGUCCAAGUGGAAACCAGCUGCAAGUUCCUUCUGAUUGGUGGUUUGAAGAUGCUUCAAUUCUUCGGAUUGAUCACUAUGUCAAGGUUAUUACCGCAAUCAAGGUGAAGGGGAUGAGAUAUGAACUGCUUGGAGCUGCAAUAAUGCACUAUGCAGCUAAAUGGCUCCCUAUUAUGAUAAGUGAGCAUGGCUCUGGGUUAACAGCUGAUGAAGGAAGCAACAGCAGCAGUAGCAGUGGAAGCAGUUGGAAGGGUGGACUUCACAUGAUCGUGGCAGGAACUAAAGAUAAUGAGUCUUCAGCUGUUCAGGCCAAAGGUCAACGGAUGAUCAUUGAGAGCCUUAUUAGCAUAAUUCCACCACAGAAGGACAGUGUCUCAUGUAGCUUCCUUCUUCGGCUUCUGAGAAUGGCAAACAUGUUGAAAGUAGCACCUGCACUGGUUACUGAGUUGGAGAAACGGGUGGGAAUGCAGUUCGAACAGGCUACAUUGGCGGAUCUUCUCAUUCCGUCUUGCAACAAAAGUGAAAGUAUGUAUGAUGUGGAUCUUGUCCAGAGGCUUCUGGAGCAUUUUCUUGUUCAAGAACAGACUGAAAUGUCAAGUCCAAGCCACCAAUCUUUCAUUGAAAAACACUAUGAAAGGGGCACAGGCCCAAAUGCUAAGAUGAGGGUAGCCAAGCUUGUUGAUAGUUAUCUUACAGAGGUGUCAAGAGAUAGAAGCCUUUCCCUAACAAAGUUUCAGGUACUCGCAGAAGCUUUGCCUGAAUCUGCAAGGACCUGUGAUGAUGGACUUUAUAGAGCAAUUGAUUCCUAUCUCAAGGCUCAUCCAACACUCUCUGAGCACGAAAGAAAGAGGCUAUGCCGGGUAAUGGAUUGCCAAAAGCUAUCGAUUGAUGCUUGCAUGCAUGCUGCACAAAAUGAAAGGCUCCCAUUAAGAGUGGUGGUGCAAGUUCUUUUCUCUGAGCAAGUCAAAAUAAGCAAUGCAUUGGCCAACAAUGCCCUUAAUGAAGCCGGAGGAGACUCUAACUAUCAGCCAAUGAUUCCAAAUCGGAAAACACUACUCGAAGGGACCCCGCAAUCCUUCCAAGAAGGAUGGGCAGCAGCUAAAAAGGACAUUAACACUGUAAAGUUUGAACUGGAGAGUGUAAAAGCAAAGUACCUUGAUCUCCAAAAUUCCAUGGAAAACUUGCAGAGACAGUUCGAUAAGAUGACCUCAAAGCAGAAACAUACAUCAGCUUGGAGCAGCGGAUGGAAGAAACUCGGCAAACUCACUAAGACUACAAUGUUCGAGAAUCAGAACAGUGGACCGGAGACUCCAACAGCGGCUGGUCCGGAGCAGACAAGAAAGACUCCUAGGAGGUGGAGGAAUUCCAUUUCUUAGGUGAUUUACAUGUGCUAUUUGUGUUCCAAAGGUUGUGUUACAUCAUUCGUAAUUUUUGGUUUCAUCGCCAUUUAAAGAGCAAUUGCUUGAAAGCCUAUUAUUAUUAUCACUGAAAUCUAAUUGUUUCAAAAGCCUAUUGCUUGAAAGCCUACAUGUUGAAUUGAUGUAAUAUGUGUGAGUUUAAUGACUAAAUGACCAAUGUGGAAAAGAAUUUGCGACGCCA